UAGUUUACUUUGCUUUCAUCAGUUAUUUAAAAAACUUAAAAAUGUUUCGAUAUUUUAUAUUAUUUUUGGCUGUUGUUUUCUACACAGUUCAGCUAAACACAGCAGAUGAAGAUUUUAUGGAGUGCAUGCAUCAGCAAAAUAUGACUGAUAACGAAAUUACAGCUAUCGUUAAUUGGCUGAACGCGCCUGUAGAACCCGAAAAUUUCGAGAAUAUCACUGCACUAGAAUAUGAAAACGAACACCACUAUAAUUGCUAUGUCUACUGUACUUUGCUUGAAUCGUAUACGAAAGUGGAUGAUGUGAAAAAUGGCUACCUUAUUGAAAUUUUUGGUGAACCGAGUGUGAAAGCAUGUGAAGAAAUUAUCAAAGAUGAGCAGAAUGUGUGUGAUUACAGCAACGCAAUCUAUAUGUGUGCUAUUGAAAAAUCUAUGAAAAAAUAAUAUUAUACUCUAACUACUACGCGCUACUCUAAAGAGUAUUGUAUAUCAAUAAAUACAAAUAUG